AUGCCGGUGAAAGUGAAAGUGAAACGAGAACGAGUGGACGAGUCAUUGAAGCGGAAGAGACCGCCUCCGUUGGAGUUCAAGCGAAAGCGCAACGUUGUGGUGAGGUAUGUGGGGCCGACGGUGCGCAGGAUCCCGCUGUUUGUCCCGCAGUAUGUGCCCACGCCGAUGUACUUCUUGCCGCAGCCUUACCAGGUGGAGCAUCGAGGCAAGAACAAGAUCGUCGAUAUAAUGAGUCCCAUCACGCAUGGCGUCGCGGAGGGAGUCACUGUCGCGGAGGAAGACUCGCAAGACGACUGCGAAGAUGAUCACAGCAUCGAGGAAAGAGACGAGGACAAGGUUGAUGGUGAAGCAGAAGCAGAAGCAGUAGCAGUAUCAGAAGCAGAAGGUGAAGCAGAAGCUGGGCCUGAAAUCCCAAGUGGAGCUGGAGAUGAUACCUGUACUGGGGGUCAGGGGACACUCGAGAACCAUCACAUCACCAGUCAGGAGACCAACCAGGAUAUCGAGUAUAAGGCGGACCAGGAAGAAGGUGAGAAGACGUGUGUAGAGGCCAACUGCGACGGUGACAAGAAGUGCGAAGAGGACGACGACCACUCGCACCUGGCGAUCGAGGACGGCGCGAUCCCCACGCCUAACAUCACGAGGGAUGUCCAGGGAGCCUUCACAAAGGAUGUUCAAGGAGCCAUUACCAUCAACAACCACAGCUACGAAUUCCAGUUCCCUUCCCGCACCGCAGACACCGACAGGAAGCUGUUCCUCAGCAUCUGCAACAAGAUAUGGUCCGAGAGACCUACCAAAUAG